AUGGACAAGAUCAAGGAGAAGCUCCACAUCGGCUCCAGUCGCAAGUCGCAGCCCGAGAACGAUGUCGCCGCCACCUCAGGCUCGUCCAACACAACACACAGCACUACCUUCAACUCUGGCCCUGGUCAUGCAACCACUGACACCACUGGCACUACUGGCACCCACGCCACCCAUGGCAGGGCUGGCAACACCAUCGAAGACAGCUACGAGGACCGUGGCAGCUUCGAUGAGGAGCUCGCAACCAUGACUCCCGACGAGCGUGUCGCCUACCUCGCCGAGUAUGACGAAUCAGACAAGCACGACGAGCCCAAGAAGGGUGGUCUUAUUGAGAAGCUGAUUGCACGCGGCAACAAGAGGACUGAAGAGCAGCUUGAGCGCGAGCACCGUGAGAGGACUGCCGGGCAGACCAACCUUGCUGGCGCAAGUGCAACCGCUGGCCAGAACCCUGUUAUCCGAUAA